AUGGUCGGAGAGAAACCCAGUGGCAGUGGCAAAAAUGAUGCCACUGACGUCAACACACCCUAUUAUCUAUCCCCUUCCGAUUUACCUAAACAAAUGCACGUCAACGAAGUCUUAACCGACAGAAACUAUAGCGAUUGGGCCAAGGAGAUGGCUAACUUUCUGCUUGCGAAGAACAAGAUGGGAUUCGUGGACCGGAAGAUUCCUAAACCCGAAAAGGCGGCGGAUAUCCAUAUGCAGUGGAUGCGUUGUGACGCCAUGAUCAUCGGAUGGCUCACGAUGGCGAUGGAUAAAGACAUCAUGGCUAGCGUAAAAUACGCUAACGCCUCCUCUGAAAUGUGGAAACAAAUCAUGACAACGAGUGAUGAAGGAGCAAAAGAGAGAAAACAAAUCAUAUAUUAG